GGCAGCAGCAGCAGCGACGGCGGCCGCCGCCGGGGGAAGGCGGCGGGUCGGUGCUGGGAGCGGCAUGGGGCGGCCGCGGGAGGGAGGUCGAUUGUGAGGAGCUGAGCACCCUCCCUUCCCUCCCCUCUGAUUGGAUUCCUUGUAAAUGAAGCUCACUCGCUCCCUGAAGACCAGACCUCACUGAUGACUGGCAAGCAAAGAGUACCCAGAAAAGCACUUUUACCACGGACUCCACUUCAGGAACAAAAGUAAAAUCUGUGCCCCUUCCGUGCAGACCCGAUGUCUACUGCAAUGGAUACGGAAUCGACAUAUUCGGGAUACUCCCACUACUCAGGUCACUCCAAAAAAGCCCAUAGACAAGGGAGUCGGGACAGGCACAAAUCACCGCGAAGCAAAGAUGGCAGUCGGUCUGAGAAGUCCGUCACUAUCCAGACACCUCCUGCAGAGCCGCUGCUUGGGAAUGAUGCCUCUCGGGCAGAGGAGGGACAGGAUGACAACUGGGGUGAGACCACGACAGCAAUCACAGGCACCUCUGAGCACAGCAUUUCCCAGGAGGACAUUGCCCGGAUCAGUAAGGAUCUGGAGGACAGUGUUGGGUUGGACUGCAAACGUUACCUGGGCUUAACAGUGGCAGCUGUUCUCGGACUCCUUGUCUUCCUUACCCCCAUCGCCUUCAUUCUGUUACCCCAGAUCCUGUGGCGGGAUGAUCUGGAGCCGUGUGGUACUGUCUGUGAGGGACUGUUCAUCUCUGUGGCAUUUAAACUCCUCAUUCUUCUGAUUGGGACCUGGGCUCUGUUUUUCCGCCAGCCUAAGGCAGAUAUACCAAGGGUGUUUGUGUUUCGGGCCCUUCUGUUGGUCCUUAUAUUCCUGUUUGUGUUUUCCUACUGGCUUUUUUAUGGCGUUCGCAUCUUGGACUCAAAGGACACCAACUACCAAGGAAUAGUGCAGUACGCGGUGUCUCUGGUGGAUGCUCUGCUCUUCAUUCACUACCUGGCCAUUGUGCUGCUGGAGCUGCGGCAGCUGCAGCCCAUGUUCACUGUCAAAGUAGUUCGGUCAACGGAUGGAGAGUCACGAUACUACAGCUUGGGGCACUUGAGCAUCCAGCGAGCUGCACUGGUGGUCCUGGAAAAUUACUACAAAGACUUCACAGUCUACAACCCAGCUUUGUUAACAGCCUCCAAAUCCCGUGCAGCCAAGCACAUGGCUGGCCUGAAAGUCUACAAUGUUGAUGGCCCAGGUAACAACGCGUCGGGGCAGUCCCGUGCCAUGAUUGCAGCCGCUGCCCGUCGUAGGGACUCCAGUCACAACGAGCUCUACUACGAAGAGGCCGACCAUGAGCGCCGAGUGAAAAAACGCCGUGCAAGGCUUGUGGUUGCAGUAGAGGAGGCUUUCACUCACAUAAAACGCCUCCAGGCAGAGGAACAACAGAAAGCUCCAGGAGAGAUGAUGGACCCCCGAGAAGCAGCCCAGGCAAUCUUCCCCUCCAUGGCAAGAGCUCUGCAGAAGUACCUUCGCACCACCCGCCAGCAACAGUACCACAGCAUGGAGAGCAUCUUGCAACACUUGUCGUUCUGCAUCACCAAUAACAUGACGCCAAAGGCAUUCCUGGAGCGUUACCUUAACCCAGGCCCAACCCUGCAGUAUGACAGGGAUCGCUGGUUCUCCAAGCAAUGGACACUUGUCAGCGAGGAAGCGGUCACAAGCGGGUUACAAGAUGGCACUGUUUUUGUCCUCAAGUGCUUGGACUUCAGCCUUGUUGUUAAUGUGAAGAAAAUCCCCUUCAUCAAACUCUCGGAAGAGUUCAUAGACCCUAAAUCUCAUAAAUUUGUCCUCCGCUUACAGUCUGAGACUUCAGUCUAAGGAAUUUUUAGGGUGGGUUGUUUGGGGACUUUUUUUUUCAAUAUUGUGCUUUUGGGUUUAAUUUCCCCAAUGCUGACUGAAGCUGGCAGAUGAUGGACCAGUAAUAUUUGACCAUCUGCACUUUAUUUGGAAAGGGGAGGGGGGAGUUGGGAUAUCUUAUCUAGAAAGAAAUAUCUUAAGAGGCGACAGGGUGAUUUGGCUCGGUUAGCUCAGCCUUGGAGACAGAACAGACUUUUUUUUUUUCCCCUCCCUCUCCCCACCCCUCUUCCAGGCAUACUGUAAAUCUCACGCUCUCUUUCUCUGCACGAUUGCAACGUUGGUAUUUUUGCUGGAGCGUUGCCUUAUGCCAGUGCACGUGCCUGCGCUUUUGUGUCUCUGCUUUUGCUACCUGUAGCUGUUUCUGAGACUGCGUUGCUCACCUCUCCACUCUAGAAACCUGCUUGCACAGGGCUGGGGGAAGGAGGCGGUUGCAGUCCCUUUUCACUCUGGGAGGAGAGGGUAUCAAAGGGUGGGUGUGAGAGGGCUGCUUCUGUGAACCACCUAGUCUGGACACUGAAGACUUACUCUUUUCCUCUUCUCCAUGUGCCCUCUUCUCUCGGUGCUGGACCUGUAUGAGCAUAGUGGGAUGCUUUUGCUCUCUGUCUCUGAAGUUGCUUAUCUUGAACUGGAUCUGCCCAUCUUGCAGCUCUUUGGUGGUUGGUUUGUGUUUUUUUGGAUUGGUUGGGAUUUUUUUGUUUGGUUUGGUUUUGUGUUUUUUUUUUUCCUUUGACCAUUGCUUCUUAGGGAAACUGUUCUGUGUGAUACAGCUCCCUGUUAUCUCUCACCUCCUUCCUUCUCUCCUGCUUGCCUGCAUCUGUGUCAGGCACACCCAAGGGUCCCCAUUUCUGUCCCUUCUGUCUGGCUUUCCAAAUGUGUUUGUCCAGCCAUGGUCCCCUCAGGGUCUGCCUUACCGCCACUUCCUUUUGCACCUGCAAGGGCUGCGUAUUUGCACUGGGACAGGGCAGGCAAGUAGUUGACGACUCCUCAGAUAAAUCACGGACCCUCCCUGUGUCUGACAGCCUCUUUGAGGGGAAGGGGGGUGCAGGCAGGAAUGUGCCCUCCCUCUCCAGCCGACUUCAGGUGCACCUGGAGGAAAGAUGGGCAAAAGUGCUUCCCUCCUUGAGGAGAGGAUCCAGGGAAGGGCUGACCUCUGCCACAUGCACUUGCUUUGGAGAACUGCUGUGCCCUGGAAACACUGCAGUGUGUCCUUCCCCACUGUACGCCUUCAGCUAUAGCUAAGAAAUACCAAACUAUGUCUGAAUGUUGAAAAUCUGCCUGCCUUUCUUGGCCUUUCUGAACUGCAAGAGUUUCUGCUCAAUGUUGGGAUCUGCUCCUGUGAGAGAUGUGUAGCUCUUAAACUGCAGUUUGGUUUGUAAGGCUGCCUUUGCCCAUCAGCACAGCUUUCGUCUGUGGCUUUUGUCACGUGAGACUUACGGAGUUUUGAAAGGUUUGCUUUUAUCAAUAAGCCUAAACUGGUGUCGGAAGCCUGAUUACCAGCACAGGGUGUCGUGUGAUUCUAGAGUCAGCUCUGAAGCUGGCAGUGACCUGCCUUCAGUCAAGUCCCUCCAAGGCCCCCCCAGCUCUGUGGCGUUGGAUUUGCAUGUGUGAACACAAACGCUCGAUUCAUUCUGCCCAGUCUUUUGCCGUGCAAAUAUCUCUAUCAGGCAGGAGCUGACCUGCCCUCCAUACGGAUGUCUUAAUAUGGAGAGCCCCAGUUCAGCAAGGUCUGUAAGCCAGUGCCUUUCACUGCCAGGGUGCAUCAUCAUCCUAGGGGGCCUGUGACAACCCUUCCCAUCCCCUUUGGCCUUCCCCGGGCCUCCCCUGGGCUCCUUCACCAGCUCGUGGGGCUGCCUCCCGCUCCCACCAGUGCGAGAUGGCCCAGCUGAAGUGGGUCUCUGCCAGUCCUGCAUGGCAUGGCUCAUGCGGACUGCCCAGUGCCUAUCACGAGCCGGUGGCAGGGAGCAGAUGCCUUAAGCAGGAGGGUCCAGCCUCUUCCAGCUUCGGCAGCAAUGAAGCUGCGUGGUCAGCAGCACCUGCAGGUAGUCCUCUUGGGAUCAAGGAAGCAUCCUGCUAAGUGAGGGUCCGAAGGGGUGAUUCCCCAUCCAAGUGAUACUUACAGUCUCCUGCACCUUUCCUACAAGUGCACGGUAGUCACCUGUAUCCUGUCUUCUCCAUGUAACGUGCCAGACAUGGUUGCGGAGAAACCAGAUGGUGCAGUACAUGAUGGGAUCAAGCCCAUGUCCCUUAGAAGAUAGGAAGUAGGUAGAGUUUUCCCUUCUCUAAAGUCAGUGUUUGGGUUUCUUUCUAGGUCAGGCUUUCUGGUAGUCUGUGUGGGGACUGCUUUAUUGACUGUGGCCUUCACAAUAUUUUAUUUUGAAAAAACCCGAUUUUUUUAUUCCCUCCUUAAAAAAAAAAAUUAAAGGGAGUGUGUAGUAUCUCACACUUGGCUCUCCUAAAGAUGAGCAUAUCUGGUUUUUAUGAUGUGCAUAACCAGCAAGGUGGGAAAGACGGAGUAGCUUGGGAGACUAUGGAGCACUUAUGCCUGUGUGGAGACUACUGCCUGUGGCUGAAUUGGCUCAUUUCUGUGAAGCCAGAACAAGAACCACCUUGCCAGAGGCUUGGGUGUGCCAUGUGCGUGAGAGCACCUUGUCUCAGGCUCCUCUGCAAAACUUUCUUACUUUCCCAGGAUUUCCUUCCCCUUUCCUUUUCCCUCCCCCGCAAAGGGGAUUGUCUGACAGUAUCUGCUCAGGAAACUCAUGUCUUAAUUGCAUUAAAUCCUUGAACACAUGGAGAAACAGACGGAAGGAGCGCAUGUUUGCUCUGGGUCUGCUUCCUCAUCUGUGUGCUGUGGUUCAGCGCCGCCUUUUCUGCCUGCUGCCUGAAAGGACACUGUCAACAGGGACCAACUCCUGCAUUAAAUGCUCUUCCGUGUGUCAGCAGCGUGAGUGCUUUGCCUGAUGAAAUCUGAAGGAGAGGACUUGGCCUCGUAAAUGGUCUCUUUACAGAUGUAACCUGCUAUGGGGUGAGGACAGAAUAAAAGGGGAAUCGGGACUCCUGAGUAUUCCCUGUUGUGGUUUCUUAGUGGCAUUUUGUUUUUCAGGGUCUCUUGUUUCCCCUCUCUGUGCAGAAUCAGGGGACCACUGUCAUACCUACCUCAGUGGGGUGCUGUGAGGCUAAACUGAACUUGUCAUCAAGUGCUUUGAGAUCCACAGGUGGAUCUGUGGCAUCAGUAGGAAUUCAGACUCUGUAAGAAUACUGAGUGGUGAGAGCAGACUCUUUUUUUAAACUCUGUGUAUAGCCAGGUAAUGAGUAAGAUUCGAGUCACAGGGAAUGAAACUGAUCCUGCAGUCCUUCUUGCAGGGCUUGCCAAAAGCUGAGCAUAGAUAAGGCUAGUAUGGUUUGCCAGCCAAGCGCAGGCUGUUUUUCUCCAAAUGCCUCUCCUGUCCUGCGUUGCCUCCUUGCACAUAUUCUCCCUUCUCUCUCCCAGCCUGGAUGCUAGUACUGUGGCUGGGAAUUGGUUGGGUUUUUUUUUAAUUCAAGUAGUUUAUAAGACAACCCUGUUCGUGGUGAAGUGGACAAUGUUCCUUGCACUGGACAUGCUUCACUGAAGGCCGAACCAUUUGAUAGGGUGCUGUGUUGCCCCACUCCUCUCUACGAUGUUGGUGUUCUUCCUGUGACUCUCAUGUAUGCUGCUCAGAUACUUUAAGGGCUUUGGUUUUGCCUUCAGGCUUGUUACAGCCUAAAUCCAAAACUGUGCUGAGAUCUUCCAAAACCAGAUGCAGCUAAGACUUCCAGCUGUUCUGGAGCAGAUGGAAGUGGCUAUGGGUUUCCACAAAGGCUGGCUUUCUCUUUCGUGGCUAAAGAGUGAAAGAUUCAGAUUUGUUGCAGCUUCUAGGAGUGCAGGGGCAGAUACUAGACCCCUAAUACCCUGUCGGUCCUGUAACUAGGCUUGGGCAAAGGUUGUCAGCGCAUCUGUUAGCCUCUCAUUGCCAUGUGGCUGCAGCCAUUCUUAUAUAGGCUCUGUGGGGCUGCCCCAGGUCUCAGACUCCUUUCCCACUCUCAGAAGCGUAAGCAUCUUACAACUCCCCUCCAUGGCAUACCAGUCCCUCACCAAGCCCCUGUGGUCAGCUUGGGGAGGUGGGAGGGCUGCUUGCACCUACCGGUUUUCACUCUGCAGAGGGGAGACGUUGCCACCUGCACACCCCUGUAGGCAGCAGGGCAGCCGGGGUGGGAUGCACUGUGCACGGAAGGGUGGCGUGAUGCAGCUCGCAGAGAAAGGUCAGCUCCUGCCUCUAGGGUUGUCCUGGGUGUCUUCAAGAGCAAUCCUGAAGGGGAAUGUUGAAGAGAGGGGCAGACCUGAUUUCAGCCUCUGCCAGCUAUUCCUCUGCCUCUAAAAAUUUUUCCUGCCAGCAAAUUCAGUCAUUACACAUCAGGCUCUCGUCCUCCCCUCCCUGUGUUUUUCCCAAAAUUCCCUAGUGAGGCAGAACAAGUAUCCACUGGGAUGGGAGGUGCUGGGGCUGCAGCUUGGAGCUUGGGGGCAGCUCAUGAUAAGGCACAGCUUUGGGGGAGGCCUGAACAAAUGCCAGCCCUCAUGGAGCCUCUCAACCUUUUCCUUUGGGAUGGGGAUCUCCACGCAAAGCCUCAGGAACUGGCUGUUGCCAAGUAUGCCAGAAGCUGCAGGGAAGCAGUUUCUGAAGCUGGCCCUGCAUAAGUAGCUUUUAAAAGUUUUGAGAUGUGCUUGUUUCCAACACUUGCUACUCAAGAAACUAGAAGGAUCCAUACUGUGCUAAACGUGGAAACCUAUUCAAGCCAGUUUCAUCUUGCUUACCAAAGCUAGUAAAUCUGCCUGUUUCAAAGGUAGAACAAAAGUCUUGCAGUCUUCUGCAAAAAUACUGUAGUCUGGUCCCAGACUCUGCUAUUAAGUUGCGCUCAGUUCUGCCCUGCUGUAUGAGAGCUGUUCACGAGAUGUGUGUGCAGAUGUCUGGUUUUUCAUUCAGCUUGUGUGUUUGUGUGCUUUUUCCCUUAUAGGUGUGUGCAUUAUACAUGUAUAAAGCCUCAAGCCGGGCUUGGUGGUUCAGUGUUUAAACUGUGUUAAGAAGGAAGCGCUCUUGGGAUCAAGCUGUUGGUUUUUGUUUUUGUUUUUUUAAUUUAACUUCCCCCAAAACCCCAAAUUUCUGUUCUCCUAAAGGAGGUGGCUUUGGGCCAUGAAGCCUCCUACAGGAAUGUGCAUCCUGCUGCGUAUUCAGGCUGCUGCCUCUGAUAGAUGAUGACCAAAAGUUGCCAUUCCUGACAGCUGCUCUGUGACUGGUGCGGAUCGCUUUGCGAUACUCCCGAGCCAGGUCCCCGCAGCGCCAGCAGUACAGCUGGUGUUAUCUGCCUCUCUGCAUCCCUCCAAGAGACUGCAUUUUUAUCCCUGCGACAUACCGAAGCCCUGUGGGCAGCAGGCAGCCAGCCCUGCCCUAUGUGUGCUCUGCCCAGAGAGGGAUCCUUCCCUCUGGCUGCUUCCUGGCCACCUCUCACCAGCGCUACCGAUGCUUGGGGGCAUCUCCUGCGUGCAAUGGGGGGGAUGCUGUGGCUCGCUCGCUACCUGCACAGAUGUAACUGUGAAGGAAUCUUACACUCUUCUGUGCCUGUUUCUUCAAUUCAGCAUUAUCGUGUCUUGGGGAAGGGUGUGGGAGCGAAUGCCCUUCCCUCUCCCUCUUUUGAUCACUGUGUAAUACUCUUUUUCUACACAAACUCUGUAUAGUAAGGUGGGUUUUGCCAAGGUUUUCUAAUUAAUAGACACUAACCAGCAUUUCUUUCUCUUUCUGGGUUUUUUUUUUUCCCCCCCUCCUCUUUGCACAUGUGACUUUAACUGCAAUGGUACAUGGUCUCUCUGUUCUUUUCUGAUCGUGAACUUAAGUAAGCAAAUUCCUGGUGUCCGUGACAUUAAUGCACUGUGGGUCUAGCCUAGUAAAUUGUUCUGUUCCAAGCUGGGUUCUCUUAAGUUAUAGCUGGAUGGGGUUUUGUUGUUUUUAAACUGAAACAUAAAACCGUUUUACACUUUGCAUAUUUUGUACAGUAAAAUUCUGGAAAUAAACUGAAACCAGAUUCGA